UUGAAGUGAUUGAUCGGCCAUCGCUCCUCCUCCAGUAGACGUAUUCAGAAACGUGGACUUCAAUUGCACCAUGGAGGAAGGAGAACUUGAUCUCAUCUUUAUCACAGAGCGCAUUAUUUCAGUGUCAUUUUCAAGUAACUGCUCAAAUGAAACGUACCUCCACAACCUGCGGGACGUGACCCAGAUGCUGAAAUUAAAACAUGGAGAUAAUUAUUUGGUGUUGAAUCUAUCAGAAAAGUGUUACGAGCUUUCCCGACUUAACACAAAGGUAAUGGACAUGGGCUGGCCUGAACUACAUGCUCCCCCUCUGGAUAAAAUUUGUUCCAUCUGUAAGGCAAUGGAAUCUUGGAUGAACAGUGACCCAUUGCAUGUGGUUGUAAUUCACUGCAGAGGUGGAAAAGGAAGAAUUGGAGUUGUGAUAGCAUCAUAUAUGCACUUUACCAAUGUUUCCCUAGGGGCUGACCAAGCUCUUGAUCGUUUUGCAAUGAAGAAGUUUUUUGAUGAUAAAGUGUCAGUACUGAUGCAGCCAUCCCAAAAAAGGUAUGUCAGGUUUUUCAGCGAGCUCCUUUCUGGAGUGCAGAAAAUGAACACGGUCCCAGUUUAUUUGCAUUAUGUUAUCCUUCAUGGCAUUCCAAAUUUUGAUUCAACUGGUGCAUGUCAGCCGUUUAUAAAUGUUUUCCAAGCAAUGCAGCACAUUUACACAUCUGGAAUUUACAAUGUUUCUCCUGAAGCACAGAACAGGAUUUGUAUAGCUGUUGAACCAGCUCAACUUAUCAAGGGAGACAUUAUGAUCAAAUGUUACCAUAAAUCAUAUUACACUGAAAACCACGAUAUCAUUUUCAGGCUGCAAUUCCAUACAGGAGCUGUUCACGGCCAGAGACUGUAUUUUGGCAAAGAAGAUUUGGAUCAUGCAAAUAAUGAUCAUAGGUUUCUGGACUAUGGAAAAAUCGAACUGGUAUUUUCAAGAAAUCCAGAAAAACCCUCUGGUACUAGGUGA